AUGCUAUCCAGAUCAGGCGUUAGCAUUCGAAGGCUCAUAUCUCCAAGACGAGUCCAAGAUGAAUUUGAGGAUGGGGUUUCGGUUGAUACCGAAAGAUGGGAUCAAAGGGCGGGACGGAAAGACAGCAGUACACUUCCUAAAAGGCGGACGACCUAUAGUAAGAGACGGCCGCCGCCACCGAUUAUAGUUAGUAGGGAACAAAGCAUUCAUGACAUUCUGGAUCCUCUGCCACCAUUACCGCCAUACGACACGCCGCCGCGGUCCAGGUCUAGUUCCUUGAAUAGCUGUGAGCGCCACAACGACUCUUACUUAUCACAAUCAAUCGACUCAAAGAGGUCAAAGUCGCCUCUUUGUUCUAUAUCGUCAAAGGAAGAUAGAAGCCAAGAAUCACUCCAGCUUUCUAGUGUGACAAGCUAUGGAGGCGACGACUUUCCACCGCCACCUCCUCCUAAGAGCUACUCCGAAUCUCCAGAUUCUCUUAGACGUCAAGCGGAACUAUCAAGUUCGAAUCUGGAUUACAUAGAAGCUUUAUCUCUACGACCAGAAAAUAAAGCUGCCGCAUUACAGCAACACCUGCGACGGCAGGAAUCAUUCUCAAGCAUUACAGAUAACAUUCAGCAACUUAUACAAGAGGCAGAUGAGGCAUUCAGAGCAGUCGGCAACGCUCUCGUUGAAGUACAAGUCACUAACAAUUCGACAAAAGCAUUACCUUCGCUUCCUACUCCUGAAUCGUCACCUGUUCUAAAGCCAGCACCUUUGGCUUCUCAGACUCGAGUAGAGAGUCCGCGACCUCAAGCAGUCGCUUCUCCGAAAAUCAUCGCUUCACCCAAGACCGUCGUUUCUCCUAAACCCGCCGCUACUCCCGUCUACUCUCCCCGACGGAAUCCAUCAGUGAACAACGGGGUUAAGAGGAAGAGGUCGAAGAAGUCUAAGAAGGUGAAGCCGAUGAAGCCGAGUCGGAAGCCUGCUGCGUCCAAGUCGACGGCGAAGAGCGGCCCAAUAUGGAACUUCUCGGACAAUGUGACUGAUCUUUUUAGUGGGAAACUCUUCCAGAAGAUUGAGGUGGAUGAAAUGCUCACACCGGAUCAACUGGAAGAGUACAGGUUGCGUAGGAUGUCGACAAUGAAGUCAGAAAAAUCGGCCAAGGUGACUCAACCUACACAGUCCGCCCAAUCGACCCAAUCGACCCAGUCGACCCAGUCAACACAGUCCGAAAAAUCGAUCGAGACGAUUGACACUGAGUCGACCGAUACGCCGAUCGAGCCCUUUCACCUUGAAGAUCUGUCUUCUCGAAUUGGAUCGGCCGGUGUGUCACUCGACCUUGAUACACCAACUGAAGAAAAACAUAUGUUAUUCCCAUUUAACCCUGUUGCCUGGAAGGAUUUUUCUACGGAGGGACGCAAUGAAUAUGGCCCCAUCGAGCUACCGACAUCGACAUCAACGUCGGCAUUACAGACGGAUAUAGGAGAAGAACCGGCGCAAAACAAAAAUGCCACUUUCCAAACGCCACCAAUGAGACAGGCUGCACGAUUUGCUACGAGAAGCCAGAAGGCAUCACUACCUAGCAUCCCAGAAACGGCAGCUAUCUUGACACCCACAAAUGAAUUGUUUGUCGGUCACGAUCUCAGAUAUUCCCGAGAUAUGGUCGCGGAUUCAAAUUACGUUUUCCUUCAAUCAUCGCCCUGUUCUAUGACUAGUCCUAUUUUCCGACACGGCCCGAUCCGACUAGCCAAGUCUGAUCUAAUAGCAGAUGUUAAAAUCGGAGCGGAUGAUGGCCUAGACUGGACAGCAUUCCAGAUGGCUAUUUCCGGGGGCGCCGGAGACUGGUUCUCCGAAAGCGACGACACAAUUCGCCGCAGAGAGGCGGAAGAGGCGGCAGAGAUUGUGGAAUGGUUUGGGUCAUGGAAGUUCAGCAGCCCCGGAGGGCUCCUAGACCACCCUAUGGAAGCCGAUAGCCCUAUGAGCAUGACUUCGGGUGAGGAUUGCUCGGAAGUGUCAUACAACGAGACCGAGAAGGAUAGCAACCUAUACAACCAGCAUUACCACUGGCAGACACCCGGGCAGAAGACAGUACCUGAAAUCCAUCAGCCCGACUACGAUAUAUCCGGGCUUGAGCUAGAUACUUCGAGGAUGAGUCUAGACGAUGAUAUUUUUGAUCAAUCCAAGGAAUAUAAUAGCCGAGAGAGCUAUGCUAGCCUUCCACAGAGCCCGAUGCUAGACCUCCGAGUUAUUCGAAGCCCGGACGGGGACGAUAUGGAUGUUGUCCCGAUGGGAUAUAACCUUGGACACGACCUGGGAGAUUUCCUUAAAUGGGAGGCGGAGCAUGCGUACGCCGGGGACUUUUACUGA